CAGGCAUAGAGAGGGCUGGCUGUACUGCGGUUCCAGUCCGCAUUGUGCUCACUACCAAGUUGGGAUGAAUGGUCUUUCCUAGCUCCCUGCAUGGCAGUUGUUUGUGUUUAAAUACCUUGAGGACUUUUGUAAUUUUUGUGUUGUUUUAGAGUGCAUUUAAUUUGACAUUUUAAGGUGCUACAAUUCUCUUAAAAAUAUUUAAGUUUUACAAAUUUUGGACUUCUUGUUAAUUAAGUUCUGUUGGAUUAAAAGAAAGAUGCGAGAUCUUCGGGAGUACUCCAAGAUCGUUGAGUUGAUGGAGGAAUACAAGCCAAAACCAAAGCCGUCCGGCCAGCGGACCUCUGUGCGCUACAAGCCCAUCAAGGACCGCGUCACCCUGCCCAAGUCUCCGUCUGUCAAGGAGUUCUCUGAGGCUGUCUCCACAGAUAUUCUGCGUCAGACCACAUCAAAGGCGCUCACUGUGAACAUGUCUUCACUGGAGUUUUACAGAAACGAGCUUACAAAGAAGGUGAAAAUGCUUGAUGUUAAGUUGUCCUUCUCAUACCAAGAAGAUUUUUCUACACAGACUGUGAGAUUAGAAAAGCAGCUGGUUCGCCAUGGCAACAGAUGGGUUUGGGAGAAUGAGGACAGAAGCAAAAAUGUGAUAUCUUUUCCGUAUCAACCUGGAGACAGGGUUAACCUAAACAUUGGGGUGUUUGUCCAUAAAACCAAGAAACAUGGGCUGUUUGGUAAAGAGACAAUCACCACUCAGGUUGGGACGGCUACAGAGGUGAUCGUGUUGGCUAGAGACAAUGGGGUCGGGAUGGGGCUGCACUUCAAUGAACCGUACACUCAGAACAUGAAGUUGAACUUUGACAUAAAUGGAAGAGGACACAAACUGACAUUGAAGUUCAAGCUGGAUGUUGUGCAUGAAGAUAAGGGGCACCCAAUGUUGUGGCUGCGACCCAAAACCUCAAAUAAAAGGUUCCGCAGUCUCGACACAGCGUACAAUCUUCUUUUAGAUUUGCCGCCCAAGGACAAAGAUGAAGAUGGCCGUGUACGGCUGUUUGUCUACAAUAACCAAAGAUUGGUGAACUACCACAAGACUGCGGUGCUAGAGUGUCUGUCCGUGCGGCCCGUAAGCAUACAGACGGACAUUCCCACGGGCAUAGAACUGCGGACCUCCUUGGGUGGCAAGCGUCUGGCUUUCUUAGUCCCUGUGGUUAAAAUCAUAGAUACUGAGAUGUACCGUUACCGACUGGCGAUCCUUGUGGUGACUGCUGAGGGGCCCCACUGCCUGUGUUCUGCCAAGUGGAAAACUUCAGACAAAUUUGACUACAAAAUCUACAUGUUCAAGACAGGCGAUACUUUUGGACAAAGGAUCCGCUGGUCAUCCAAGGACUUCCUGGACAUAAGCUACGCAAUCCUGAACAGCACAGGACAUCAGAUAGUGAUGAGACAGGACUCAGAUGCUCUCAUUGAGGACGUCUGUAUCGGCCUCUCCCUCAAAAUGCUCGUUCGCUGGAGCACUGAAACGUUGCCAUGGAAACAGAGAGACCGUGUUCCAAUGAUGGAGUGUCAGAAAUACCUGAGUGCAAAGUGCAGUAACUCUGGAAACAAAAUUUCAGACUUUUCGGGUAAAGACAUUAUCUCACAUAUGAAAAGUCUACCCCAGUUUCUGGAGUCCCAAGAACUGAUGAUGUAUACGGAUGUUGAAGAGUUCCUAGCUGAAGAUGAAACUGAUGCUGGAACCUUGAACAAUGGCAGUGACAUUGAAAUAGACUUAGUGCGUGCACCAAGCCAAAUGAGUUGUGAAAGUAUUCGUAAAACCAAGAGGCGCUCAAAGCGUCGAGGAGAACUGAAUAUAGAGGAUCCGGAUGACUUGGAGGACGAUAUUGAUACAAACACUCAGAGUUCCCGAUACCGAUACGAGAUCGGAUCAGGGGAUGAUCUCACAACCUCUGGCUUUAUAGACGACAGAUCUGAGUACACUGGGGGUGGCUCAUGGGUUGACUCGGUCUUAUAGCAUAACUAGGGUGGGCAACUGUGCUUUGUUUACUGACAGUAAUGGAAAUGCUUUCAAAUAUCAUUCGGAAAGGUAACAAGUAUGCCGUCCUUGGUAACAUAAGUAGUCCUGCAGAACAGUUCAGAUUCAAAACAAGUGGUCAUGUACUGCCAUCACAGCAGUAUAGCUUAGUUUGUGAGAAAAUCAGUAUCUUUGUUCGUGAUUUCAUUGAGAUUAUUGAAUCACAGAGAUUGUAUCCUAGUGAUCACAACAUGUAAAAUAUUAAUGGUCAUAUAAUUCCUAGUUGCAUGUGUAUAAAAUACUGCUGUUCGGCAUGUAAGGGCUUGUUUGUUUUUGCAAUAUUUCUGUUUCAUUAUAGACAGUGCAAUGCCUGGUAUGAAGAUUCACAUACGUGUUUCACUAACUAGUGGUUGUUGAAAAGUGUAUAGUUGGUUUACUUGGUAUAAAUAAUAAGUAUGUUUUUUUCUGUACAGAAGCAUACCAUUUUAAUGUAUCUGUGUUCGUUAUCUUAAGUCUACUUAGAGGUUAUUUUCAUACUUAUAAGGAUGACAGUAUUUAUUUCAUGUAUAAAUUCUGGAGGGAAUGAUGCAAUAUUUCUUUAAAUAUUCUGAGAUAGAUUUGCUUCAUUGGAUUGUUAAAUAAAGUUUCAAGAAAUUAAGUAACAAAAUCAUACUUGGAUGGUUGGUUAAAAAAGCUGCCUUUUCAUAAAGCUCACAAUAUUGCAAAAUAGCUAAUUUGGCAAUAUAUUGCUUUAUCAAUUAAUCAAACAUAUGGCCAUGUCCCUAUCAGAGGGCAAAUUUAUUGCAAUUUCAGCAUAAUACUGACAAGACACAUUUCCUCGUAUGAAGUGAGGCUUUGUUCAGGAAUGGCAGUAGUUAGUGAUUAUUAAUGCCUUAAUAUGUCAUGUUACUCGUCAUCAGCACACUUUUGUUGUCGGGGAAAAGUGUCAAGUAUAUUUUGAGAACAGAUAUUAUUAUUAUAGAUAUUAUUGUCCACUAAAUUAGUUAUAUAGCUAAAUCAUAAUUCUUGAUGCAUACCAAUUGAUAUCUUAAUUAAUAAAAAGGUGAUGCACUGUUAAUUACAUUUGCUGAGGCUAACAACUUUGAACAACAUAGCUUGAGCAGUCUAGUGUGUAGGCUGUUUCCAUAACAAUCUUAAUUGUUUUAGUAUUUUCAUCGUAAAUUGAAAUAAUCUUGUAACAUGGUUUCAUUAUUUUGUUGUAGCAUGUUAAAGUGAAUUUAAUUUAAACCUUUAUUGAAAUAAACACAACAUUGAGGAAGAAUCUGUGUGUUGCCCUUUGUGACAUUUAUACAGGUUUAAGAUUAUUGAUGUUAAGACUAAAGUAGAAUCCAUUAUUGAAACUGCCCCCUGUAGCAUAUUUCCAUAGACUCCCACAGUUUAGGUUCAUUUUGAAACUGUGUAGGGCCAAUUUGUGGUUUAUUUUGGACUAAAAACAAAGUCUAUUGAAGGAUUUACAGUACAAGCAUGUGGCUGUGUCAGAGAUCAUUUUGAGGUUUCUAAAAUUAGGUGAUAUCAAUCAUUGAACUUUAUAAUAAAUUGUAUGUAACAUGAUAAAAACUCUCGAGUGUCAUUUUAGAUUUACGAAAUUGGCAACUUCUUACUCUUCCUUUUACAAGACAGUUCAGUGGUUUAAUAUAUCUCAUUAGAAAUUCUAAUGGGCAGGAAAUAUUACAUGUUUACUGUCUAACUGCGCUGUGAUGGUUUCAUGAGAGGCCUAUUAUAUGGCAGCACCCAAUGAUUUAUUCUUUUAUACUUUUUUUGCAAAGCUUUUUUAACUUUUAAAGAUAUGCUGUUUUUUCUCAUUGUGCAUUCAGAGUAUAUUUUUAUUUCAUCUUUAAAUAGAAGUUUUAGCAUAUCAUAUUUCCUUUUUUUGGCACUUAUCUGUUAUGUAUAGGGUAUAUAUUACAGUGCAGUAACUGUGGUGAAAACCUUAUAACAAUUUUAUCGAGUACAAUGACCUGCUGAAAAACAUCCUAUACUAUUACUUGUCCCCCCCCCCCUCCACCCAAUGUAUACGUGCAAGGCACACAAGUUAUGAAAUAUAGUGCACUGAAUUUGUUCUGCAUUAAGACACGGUCCUGUGCAUUCUGUCAACAUUUCAUGCCUAAGACGUGAUGGCUGAAAGCUAAUGCACACAUACAAUAAGCAUAAAUAAGUUGUCAGUAAUAGUUUUGUCCUUCUGCAAAAGUUUAGCCAACUAUUGUAAUUAAUCAUCAUCCACGUGACAGUCUGAUACGUGAAAUCCAGCACGAUGUAUGCAUUACAGUUGAUGCAAACAAAUAGUUGUGCUUAAAAUGAGAACUACUCUGGUCGUGUUCAUACAUGUAUGUAGUCUAGAACUUCCCUUUGUCUGAAAUGUUGAACAUAUUUUUUUGGCGUGGGCAUGUUUACAAAGAACCAAACAAUCUUCUGAAUUGCACAUUUAUACUGGGACCACAAAGCAUACAACAUGCAAAUAAUAUCUGUGAAUUGAAGCAUAUACCUACACUAGAGACUUUGUUAUUUCCUUAUAGGGAAAACAGACUCUUGCAAGACGAAGAAUGUACUAAAUUACUCAUUGUUACUUUUGUUUAAACAUAUUUUGUAAGUCGAAUGUCUUAACAUUUAGAUUUGUUAUUACACUUAAAUGUUGAUGAAUUAUGAUUAUGUGGAACACAUUUUGCAAAGGGGAACAACUCUGACCAAUCAUUUUGCAAUAAAUCACCACUGUUUAUCUGCCAUUUAAGCAUUCAUUUUUCCUUUUUUUCUGUGAUAAUCAUGUGUGGUUGUUUUAUGUUUUAUAUGUUUAAUAUGUAUAUAGUUUAUUUAAUAUAUAAAAUGGAUCUAAUUUUUAAUUUGUUUGGGACAUAAUUGUUUACAUUUUAAUAUGAUACCCUUCAUAAAUUUAUGCUUAAAUUAAAAUAUAGUACCCACAUGAAAAUCGCAAUAUAAGAUUAAAUGAUCGCCAGAAAUUCUGAAUCAUUUAAAGAAAGUUCUGCAAUUGUGUUUUUUAAAUUGUAUAUAUCAAUCUUAGAGUUUAUCUAGAAAUUGUGUACAUAACACUAUAAUUGUAUUAUACUGUUUUAUAUUUUAUACAAGUCAUCUCCUGUGCAUAUAUAUAAGGCACUUGGAGAUCAGCAUGCCUUUGUCAAGCACUGAUAUGAGGGGGCGCAUCAUGUACUAUCUUCACUCACUGAGUAUUGCAAUAAAAUUGUGAAGUCCUUACAA